AUGGAAGCUCUGAAUGACAACCAGACAAGGGUCACUGAGUUUCUCCUGGCUGCCAUUUCCCCAACAUGGCAGUCCCAAGCCACCCUCUUUGCUAUCUUCCUCCUGGUCUAUGCUGCCACCCUAAUUGGGAACACCCUGAUCAUCUUGACAGUGGGGUCUGACCCUCGGCUACGUACGCCCAUGUACUUCCUGCUGGGUAAUCUUUCUUUCCUGGAUCUCUGCUAUUCCACCGUCACUGCCCCCAAGAUGUUGAUGGACUUCUUGGCCACAAAAAGGAGCAUCUCUUUCGAUGGCUGUAUGACCCAGCUCUUUUUCCUCCAUUUUGUGGGUGCUGCCGAGAUGUUUCUCCUCACUGUCAUGGCCUAUGACAGGUAUGUGGCCAUUUGUAAGCCUCUGCAUUACCCCAGUAUCAUGAACCGGACACUCUGUAGCUGGUUGGUGGCAGCUUCUUGGACAGGAGGCUUCAUCCACUCCACAGUCCAGACGAUCCUCACCAUGAGGUUGCCCUUCUGUGGGCCCAACGAAGUGGACAACUUCUUCUGUGAUGUCCCACCGGUCAUCAAGUUGGCCUGCACUGACACAUACGUCAUUGAGCUCCUAAUGGUCUCCAACAGUGGCCUUAUCUCCACCAGUUCCUUCAUCAUUUUGGUGAUCUCCUAUGCUACCAUCCUGGUGAGGAUCCGUUCCCCUGAGGGGAGACGCAAAGCCCUCAAUGUCUGCGCCUCCCACCUCACAGUGGUGACCUUGUUCUUUGGGCCCUGCAUCUUCAUCUACGCUCGGCCUUUCUCCACUUUCUCAGUGGACAAACUGGUGUCCCUCCUGUACAACAUCAUCACACCGAUGCUGAACCCCUUAAUCUACACCUUGCGGAACAAAGAUGUGAAGUCAGCCAUGGCUAAGCUGAGACGCAAGGAAAAAAAUCUUGUUGGUCUUUAA